AUGCCCGCAGCCUCAUCAACUCCGACCCUUCCCGGCGGUACCACAGCAGUAUGGCCCGAAGCCGCCAACUGGCCGGCCACAAGGGUCAGGCAGACAUUGAUUGACUACUUCAGGACGAUGCCAGGGUACGAGCACACCUUUUGGCCCAGCAGCAAUAUUAUUCCGUUCGAGGACGACUCCUUGCUAUUCGUCAAUGCUGGGAUGAACCAGUACAAGCCGAUAUUUCUCGGUACGGCCGAUCCAAAGUCUGAGCUCGGUAAGCUCGUCCGGGCCGUCAACAGCCAGAAGUGCAUUCGCGCCGGAGGAAAACACAAUGAUCUCGACGAUGUUGGCAAGGACAACUACCACCACACCUUCUUUGAGAUGCUGGGGAAUUGGUCAUUCGGAGACUACUUCAAGGUGAGCUUGACCGCUCGCAGACCGUCACGUGACCGAGGGGUAAUGCUGACAGUACAAAGAGGCGCUCUGGUCAUGGCGUGGGACCUACUCACUCGGGUGUAUGGCUUGCCUAAGGACCGGCUGUACGUGACUUACUUUGAGGGGGACGGGACGAUUGGCUUGGAGCCGGAUCUAGAAGCACGGCAGCUAUGGCUAGAUAUGGGCUUGGAGGAGGACCACGUCCUGCCUGGCAAUACCAAGGACAACUUCUGGGAGAUGGGUGCGAGCGGCCCUUGUGGUCCGUGCAGCGAAAUCCACUUUGAUCGUAUUGGUCACCGCAGCGUCCCCGAGCUGGUCAACGCGGACGACCCCAACGUCGUCGAGAUCUGGAAUAUCGUCUUCAUCCAGUACAAUCGGGAAGAACACUCCGGCACACUCCGGCCCCUUCCCAAUCAACAUGUUGACAUGGGCUUCGGGUUCGAAAGGCUCGUUUCGGUUCUUCACGAUGUCUCGUCCAACUACGAUACCGACCUCUUCACGCCCAUCUUCACGCGGAUCCAGGAGGUGACCGGUGCGCCUGCUUACGGCGGGAAGAUGGGCGAGGCGGAUGUCGUUGGGAUCGAUACGGCCUACAGGGUGAUCGCGGACCAUGCGCGGACGUUGACGAUUGCUUUGUCAGACGGAGGCGUGCCGGAUAAGGAUGGGAGGGGGUAUGUGUUGCGACGGAUCCUCAGGCGAGGGGCGAGGUAUGCCAGUAGCAAGUCGGGCGUCAAGAUCGGGACGUUCUUCUCGUCUUUGGUGCCUGCUGUUGUCGAGUCCCUGGGCGCCACUUUCCCCGAUAUCACCAAAAACAUCCCCGCCUUGAUCGACAUCCUCAAUCGAGAAGAGAUGUCGUUUGCUCGGACGUUGAUUCGCGGAGAAGCUCUUUUCGCCAAGUACGCCGCGGCUGCCGAAGCAUCCGGUUCCGCCACUCUCAGCGGAGAGCACGUGUGGCGUCUAUACGACACCUACGGCUUCCCUGUCGAUCUCACGGAGCUCAUGGCGGAAGAGAGGGGCUUGGAGGUCGAUAGGGUUGCGUUGGAGGCGGCGAGGGCGGAGAGUGUGCAGGCGAGCAAAGCGGGUGGGAAGGGAAAGGCAGACGCGAGCGUCAGGCUGGAUGUGCAUGAUCUGUCGGCGUUGGAGAAGAAUGCGGAUGUACCCAAGACGGAUGAUACGGCAAAGUACAAGGCGGGCGAUAUCGAAGCGACAAUGAAGGGUAUUUACCACUCGUCGGAUUUCCACUCGUCCUCGUCAGAUAUCCCCAUUGGCGAGACAUUCGGUAUCAUCCUGGACAAGACCAAUUUCUACGCACAGCAAGGAGGUCAGGUGAACGAUACCGGGACACUCUCGGUUGGCGAUGAUGCGAGGUUUACAGUCGAGGACGCUCAGGUGUUCAAUGGGUAUGUGCUGCAUAUCGGCAAAUUGGAGAGUGGAACCAUCACGAUCGGAGACCGCGUGAAGUCUACGUACGACGAGCUCCGCCGCGGAUCUAUCCGGAACAAUCAUACCGCCACCCAUCUCCUCAGCCUCGCUCUCCGCCAAGUCCUCGGCGACCACGUUACCCAGAAAGGCUCACUCGUCGCUCCAAACAAGCUGCGCUUCGACUUCUCGCACGAGAAGCCCAUCGCUCUCGAGGCUCUUGUACAGGUCGAGAAGAUCUGCAAUGACUGGAUCAGCAAGGCCGCAGCGAUAUAUGCGGGUGAGGUGCCGCUCGAGGAGGCUCAGAGGAUCCCUGGUUUGCGCGCGGUAUUCGGGGAGGCGUACCCGGAUCCGGUGCGGGUCGUUUCCAUUGGGACUUCACUGGAGGAGAUCAAGAGGGAUGUCGCCAAUCCCAAGUGGAUGGAGACGAGCAUCGAGCUUUGUGGCGGAACGCAUGUGUCCAGGACGGACAUCAUCCGACGCCUGAUCAUUGUCGAAGAGAGCUCGGUAGCGAAGGGUGUCCGCCGCAUCGCCGCUGUUACCGGAAAUGAGGCGAGCGAGGCAGCCCAGUUUGCCGACGAGAUGGAGCUGAGAUUGGCCAAGAUCGAGGAGACGGCGGCGAGUGCUAAGGCAGAGAUGAUGAGGGCGUUCUUAGCCGAACUCGGCAAAAGCAGUAUCUCGGUCGUGCGAAAACAUCAGCUCCGAGCGAGGCUCGACGUGAUGCGGAAGGAGAUCAAGGCUGUCGAGGGCGCUAGGGUGGCAGCUGGUCAGAAGAUGAUCCAGGACGAGCUCAAGCGCUAUUUCGACGAGAAUCCCAACGAGAACGUCUACGUCGGGGUCUUCGAUGUUGGUGGCGAUACUAAAAUCCUCGCUGCUGCCACUGCUGCCGCCAGAGCUCUGGGCAAAGCCGCGUAUGUCUUCUCAGCCGAUGAGACGACAGGCAGAGUCACCCAUGCGAAUUACCUGCCUCCGCACGUCCUGGACAACAAGUGUUUGGACGCGAAGAGCUGGCUAGCAGAAGUUACGACUGUACUGGGGGGCAAAGGUGGAGGUGAAGAGGACUAUGCCAUCGGCGUCGGAUCGGAGAUGGACAAGAUCGCCGAGGGAGUGGCCCUUGCCAAGUUGGUGUAUUGCACCAAAGUGGAGGGCAAGUAA